GGUGGCCCGACGCGGAGCGCCGCCUGCGUGUCUGGUCGUCCAUGGGCAGCAGCGAGGGCCACGAUGACAGAUUACGGCGAGGAGCAGCGCAACGAGCUGGAGGCUCUGGAGUCCAUCUACCCCGACUCCUUCACAGGCAGAUGUCUCUCAGCUAUCCUUGUAUAGCUCCAGUCCUGUUCAUGUUCUCUCUCACCAGCAGUACACCUGUACUGUGAGGAUGUUAAGGGGAUGAGUGAAGAGGGGUUUGAGAGUGUCAUUACCUGGUAUUAUCAGAAAAUCCACCCAGCUUCACCAUUACUGUGACAUCUGAGGCUGGAGAAAAUGAUGAAAACUACCCUCAAAUUUACAUAUAGUGAAAAAUAUCCAGAUGAAGCCCCCCUUUAUGAAAUAUUCUCCCAGGAAAAUCUAGAAGAUAAUGAUGCUUCAGAUAUAUUAAAAUUAUUAGCAUUACAGGCAGAGGAAAACCGUGGUAUGGUGAUGAUCUUUACUUUAGUAACAGCUGUGCAAGAGAAAUUAAAUCAAAUAGUAGAUCAAAUAAAAACUAGACGAGAAGAAGAAAAGAAACAAAAAGAAAAAGAAGCAGAAGAAUCUGAAAAGCAAUUAUUUCAUGGCACUCCUGUUACAAUUGAGAAUUUCUUAAGUUGGAAGGCCAAGUUUGAUGCAGAACUCUUGGAAAUUAAAAAGAAACGAAUGAAAGAAGAAGAACAAGCUGGAAAAAAUAAAUUAAGUGGGAAACAACUAUUUGAAACAGAUCAUAAUCUUGAUACAUCUGAUAUCCAGUUCUUGGAGGAUGCUGGAAACAGUGUGGAGGUAGAUGAGUCUUUGUUCCAGGAAAUGGAUGAUUUGGAGCUGGAGGAUGAUGAGGAUGAUCCAGAUUACAAUCCUGCUGACCCAGAGAGUGACUUGACUGACUAAUGAACUGUUCCCUUCUGCAGAGAGUCUUGACUGCCAUAGCAUCUGUGGCUAUGCUGAGAAGGUGAUGGUGAUUUUCCUCUUUUUUUCUAAGAAAAAAUGAUUUUCAGGAGAAUAUUCUUCUGAUAGCUUUCAUCAUUGAACUGAAUAAACUGACCAUAAAAUUUCAAAUAUAAAA